UAGUAAUUAAACCCGGCCCGUUACGAAUUAGACCCUCUAUCCCCUUCUCCUUCUCCAAUUUUCAUUCACAGUCAGCGCUUCCUUUUCCUUUCACCGCCUCUCUUUAGCCGCCGGUUUAACUUACUCGCCGCCGCCGCCGCCUAUCAUUCUCUCAAUUUUAAUCGAGUUCAGGGUUUCCGAUUUUUCCCAAUGGGAAAAAACGAUUUCCUGACACCCAAAGCAAUCGCGAACCGAAUCAAAGCCAAAGGUCUCCAGAAGCUUCGAUGGUAUUGUCAAAUGUGCCAAAAGCAAUGCCGAGACGAAAACGGAUUUAAAUGCCAUUGCAUGAGCGAAUCUCACCAACGCCAAAUGCAAAUCUUCGGGCAGAAUCCGGAUCGGAUCGUGUCUGGAUACUCCGAAGAGUUCGAGCAGAACUUCCUCGACCUCAUGAAACGGAGCCACCGGUUCAGUCGCGUGGCCGCCACUGUCGUUUACAAUGAGUUUAUUCAUGAUCGACAUCACGUUCAUAUGAAUUCGACCCAAUGGGCUACGUUAACGGAGUUUAUUAAGUAUUUGGGACGGACCGGUAAAUGUAAGGUUGAAGAGACGCCGAAAGGUUGGUUUAUUACUUAUAUUGAUAGAGAUUCAGAGACGAUUUUUAAGGAAAAAAUGAAGAAUAAAAGGAUUAAAUUGGAUAUGGUAGAGGAAGAGAAACAAGAGAGGGAAAUUCAAAAGCAAAUUGAGAAAGCUGGGCAGUUAAAAGCUCCUUUGGAAUCUGAGGAGAAUGAAAAAAAGGCGGUCAUGAAAGAGCUGAACUUAGAGAAUGGAGUGAAAAUUGGGUUUUCUUUAGGAGGUGGAAACGUGAAAGGGGAGAGUUCGAGUUCUGCUAGGUUGGUUUUCGAGGAGGAAGAGAACGAGAAGAAGAAAAAGAAUAAUGAGAGGAAAGAGAAUGGUGGGAGAAAAAAUGCAUUGGAAGAGUUGAUGAGGGAAGAGGAGAAGGCGAAGGAGAGAAGUAAUAGGAAAGAUUAUUGGCUUUGUGAGGGGAUAAUUGUAAAGGUGAUGAGUAAAGCUUUGGCGGAAAAAGGGUAUUAUAAGCAGAAAGGUUUUGUGAGAAAAGUGAUUGAUAAGUAUGUGGGAGAGAUUGAGAUGUUUGAGAGUAAACAUGCGCUGAGAGUUGAUCAAGAAGAGCUGGAGACUGUGAUUCCUCAAAUUGGGGGAUUGGUGAGGAUAGUGAAUGGGGCAUAUCGUGGGUCGAACGCGAGGUUGUUGGGUGUUGAUACAGAGAAGUUUUGUGCAAAGGUGCAGAUAGAGAAGGGGGUGUAUGAUGGACGUGUGAUUAAAGCUAUUGAGUAUGAAGAUAUAUGCAAAGUUGUCUAGUGAGCUCAUAAGGAUGGAAAUUGAUAUUUUUGCUCUUUAUCAGUUGGUCGUCAAAAACAUUCAAUAGCUUGUGCAAUGCAUGGAUCUUAUUUGGUCAUGUAUCAUUUGCUUGAUAAAUGCUAAUAACUGUGUUAAAAACUUUCACUGUCUUUAUUCGUUUAGAAAAUUUCAGCAUUGUGAAUUGGUAUUUUCAGGGAUUAGGAACCCCUAACUGUUGGUAAAGCAGUAUAUUUAGCAAUUUCUAUGCUAGUAUAGAUUUUGUCUUGCUUCAUUUCCUUUUGUUUUCUUGGUAGCUAAAUUGAAUGGAGCUCAUGUAAUUAGACAUUCAAAUGUAAAUGAUCAGAUAAGAAACUAAGAACACAUCUGAUUUUGAAUCUUC